AUGAGUGUUGGCUCUGCGAAUGAGCCGCCCACCUCUUCUAACUUCACCUACCCUCCGCCACCCCCGAGGCGCCCUUCUAUACCGACACACGACACCCAGAAUGACUUCGUACUGGUAGGUAGUGAGGAGGGAGCUGAAGAACCUCCGCCACCUCCGCCACGGACUGUUAGCUUGAAGAAGUCGCCUCACCCGCCCUCACGCACUGCGCCGCCCGCGCCUCCGCCGCUUUCUGCAGAGGUGGAGGGAGAUUCUGGCAUUCUGCGUGUUGACUUCGGCGGCGAAACUGAUCUGUCCCUCUCCAAUCAGUGGUCAGAGGACUCGACGAACUACCCUCCGCCGCCCCCGCCUCCGACGAAGGGGGAGUUUGUGCAUCCGUCGUCAACGCGCUCGGAUGUCCACCUUUCGCCGGAGGAGUUGAUGAAGCAGUGGGGCCGCGUCGGCGUGCAGAUUCACGAGACGGCGUCAGUGAUGUUCGACAAGUCGAAGAAGACGCUCGUCGGAGAUGGCUCGUACCUUGGUUUCGUGACCGCAGUGCUCAGCCAAGUGCCGAAUGCCGCGCAUCCGGCCCCGCCGUUCGACAACUUCGGCUACCUCAUCUAUAUGCAGACUGGGGGGUCCGUCCAGAAGAGGGUCAGCGAAGUGAUGCCUGGGGAUAUCAUCGUGAUUCAAGAGGCGAAGUUCAAAGGGCACAAGGGCUUGCAGAGCUAUAACCAGACGGCGGGUGUCGGUGAACCGCUCUACGCAAUCGUGUGUGACCAUGAGGUGAAGAAGUCGAAGGUUAAGGUGUUCCAGGCGAACCAACAUGUUGGGCAGCAGACCGUCGAGUCGGUGAGCUAUAGAUUGGAAGAUCUCAAGAGCGGGUCUGUCAAGGUGGGUGCAUGUUUCACUCGUGGUUGUGCAGCUGUGUUGAUCUCGAGGUGA